CUGUUGCUGUUUCCGAGAUGCGCAUGCGCAGGACAGUGCGCGCGACAGCUCUGCGCGAGCUGCAGGCCAGUCAUUAGGGAGCUGUGAGAUCUCCUCAGAGCGCAUCAUCAUCAUCAUCAUGUUUAAGUCUGAUCUCCCGCCGACUUAUGAAGAGUCCCGACAUCAUCAUCAUCAUCAGCAGCAGCAGCAGCAGCAUUACAGCGCUCAGCCCCAGGAGGGGAGUUAUCCUUUCACACCCUACACCUAUCCCGCUCCAAUGUGGCACGGAGCAGGAGUACCACCGCCGGGAACGCCACCCGUUAUUCCCACCUACACGUCCUCAGGAACGCCGCCCUCCAACCCAGGCAGCCCGGAGGACUACAACCUCGGUGCAUUGUGGGAAAAUAAAAGUAUCCGACAUGCGUUCAUCCGGAAGGUUUAUCUCAUUUUGGCGGCCCAGCUGUUAGUCACAGCCUCGAUCGUAGCCGUGUUCACGUUUGUCGAUCCAGUGCGUCUUUUCGUCAUCCAGUAUCCUGUGAUUUAUUGGGUGUCGCUCGGCGUUUUUUUAGUCACGUACCUCGUGUUGGUGUGCUGCGAACAAGCGAGGAGACGAUUUCCUCAGAAUUUGGUCCUUCUUUUCAUAUUCACUCUCGCCAUGUCCUACAUGGCAGGAACAAUAUCAAGUUAUUACGAGACGACGGCCGUGUUCUUGGCUGUGGGAAUAACGGCGCUGGUGUGUGUCGUCGUCACAGUCUUCAGUUUCCAGACCAAGGUGGACUUCACCUCCUGUACCGGUUUGUUCUGUGUUCUGGGCAUUGUGGUGUUUAUCACAGGCAUCAUCACAGCCAUCGUUCUCUCCUUUCAGUAUAUUCAGUGGCUGCACAUGCUGUACGCUGCGCUCGGGGCCAUCGUUUACACUCUGUUCCUGGCGUACGACACUCAGCUGCUGUUAGGGAACCGAGCUUAUAGCCUGAGUCCGGAGGAGUACGUGUUCGGAGCGCUGUCCCUCUACACCGACAUCAUCCAGAUCUUCCUCUUCCUGCUGCAGAUCACCGGCAGCAGCUCCGACUGAACACACACACACACACACUCCGUCUCUCUGUGUCGAGUGUGUGUAUGUGUGUGUGAGAGACUCCAUAUCUAACUCGCACGUCACACAGCUGCUUGUGCACUUUACACGAUUAUAAUAUUUGUGUUAAUCAGGUCAGAUUUAUUAUAAACACAUUUCACUCCUGCGUCGCCUAGCAACCACGCCAGGCCUCUCACCUAACACUGUAGAUGUAGAUGUAGAUGUAGAUCAAGCACAUGAAGUGUAUGUACACACACACACACACACACACACACACAACAAUAUGUAAAUGAGAUUUUGGGUUGAAAUUGGCUCAGAUCUCACAGAGACUCCUAAAAGAGUAAAAUAAAAAGAUAAACUCGAGUAUAAAGGUGAUUAAAGGUGAUGAGAAACAUCGAAAUAACAAAAACGUGUACAUGAGGAAGAUAAGUCGCUGUUUAAACGUGUGAGACGUUUGAUAUAAAACCACGUUUACUGCUGUAAUAAUUUCACACUAUCGUAUUUCGUGCUGAGACGACAAACUUCUACAAAAAAUAUAUAUAUAUUUCUAUUUAUUAUGAACACACUGCGCGACAAAGCCCGUGAUUGGUCGUUACAAAACAGGCGUGUCCAACGCAGUUCAUUCCAACUAUCACGUAGGAUUCACUAAACAACUAACUAAACUAACUAACCUUUCCUUCCUCCAUCCGUGAUUUAUUUAUUUAUUUAUUUAAUAAUCUCCUGAGUCGUAUUUCUCUCCUCCUUUCCUUUCUAUAAAUACAGAACAAAAUAAGCAGCGCUUCCUCUUCCUCAUGUUCUAUCAUUUUUUUAAUAUUUAUAUAUUUCCAACAAUUCCCGUGUCUCCGUACUUUAUGCUCUGUGAACACUCGUAAGCUCACUAAGGCGACGUCGUCUCCACAUGGACUAUGCACUAGAUACACUUUCUCAAAAGAUAAAAAAUAAAGAAUCCUAAUUUUAUCAAAACGCUGAAGCUGAACACAGUUAAUGUGAUUGUUCAGCUGCUGUAACUUGCUUUAUAGUAUAAUUCUAUCUUCAAACCGCAGAAACGAGCUUCCGCACAUUUAAUACCUGCCCUUCAGGUGUAUUAAUUCACACACAGUCUCCGUCCUUUUGACUUUCACGCUGCAGUAAAUCACACCGCAGGUCAUUAAUUAAUCUCCGCCCACGAUUUCACUCCUUUAGGAUGAAAUGUCACAAAUUAGAUAUUCAUUUAUGCAAAUAUGCAAAUCUUUCACGGAGCCUGUUAGCAAAUCAGGUUGGACGUUUUUCUGUGCUGUUAUUAACACACGGUUUUACACACACACACACACACACACACACACACACACACACACACGCCUUCACUAAAUCAGAGUGUUAAUGUUCUCUGCUUGUUUGUGUUUCUAUUUUCAUAAUAUAAAACUAAACAGAUGUUUAAACCCGACUCUGCGUGGUUAAUCGGCGUGCGCGCCACACGUUUGCUCUCGUCUGUGGUGUGAAAGUCUGUGCGUUUAUUCGUUUAUUUAUACAUCACAGCGCUCGUGAUUUCUGGAUUCUGAUUGGUCACAAGAUGAUUCAUGGUUUAUAUUUACGCGGUGGUUCUAAUACGUUAUCGUUUCUAUAGUAACAGCUCGUUCACACAGUCUCGGACAGCAGACGCUCCACAGAAACGGGUUAAAAAGCUGAUCUGUCAGGAGACGUUUAUGCAACAUGUAAGGAAGGAGUCUCCAGUGUCAGCGCUUUGUAACAGUCAGAGGUAAAGCUGUAACUUUAACUUUUCCGACAUCUUCAGGACAGAGGAGUUUACGCUUCUUUGUGUCUUUUUUUUUUGUUUUGUUUUGUUUUAUUAACUCCAAGAGAGUGAAAAAGAGAGGCUGGUGAGGCAACGACUGUUUGUAGCUGCUAUAACGUAAGUGACAUUAAAUGUAACUAUAAACUAAUAAAAUGUAUGACGUCAUUCUUUAUUAAAUAAAAAAAAUGAAAUCGUUGCUGUAGUAUAAGAGGAAUAAAACACUUGGAGACGUGCUGCUGUAGGAAAAUAAUCCACUUCAG